UCCGAACUCCACCCAGUCAAACGAACAUACUGCAACUUAAACCCUAGUAAAACCUCCGCCCGAUCUCACACACACACACACAUACACACUGAAAUGCACAGAACUGUAAGACGAGCUAUAAUAAUCGGAAAUGGGUUCGCCGGAGCCGAGAAUCAAUGUUAUGGAUUAAUCCGAGCUUUAGGCCUAUCUCAUCGUCAUUCUUUGUAUCGUGUUCGUAGACCCAAAGAGGGGAUCAAUAAGUGGCUUAAUUGGGUCCCUCUUUCCACACACACAAGAUUACAUCGAAUAAAAAGCCAACUGUUUGAUCCACACUCCAUAGUUUCUGAUCAAUCUGAUAUCUUAGAAGCUGAUCCUGAGCUAAUUGCAUCCAAAGCUAGUGAGACUUUUGGGAAAGAUGGUCCGUUAUUGGUGGUUGCAUCUGGCCGGGAUACUAUAUCUGUUGCAAGUUCAGUUAAACGGUUAGCUCCGGACCAUGUUUUUACUAUUCAGAUACAACAUCCGCGGUCACAUUUGAGUAGGUUUGAUUUGGUGAUUAGUCCUCAUCAUGAUUAUUAUCCGCUGACUCCCGAAGGAAAGAAACAAAUUCCUUGGUUUCUUCGUGGCUGGAUUACUCCUCGUCAACCUCCUCGAAAAAAUGUGGUCUUAACACUCGGAGCCCUUCAUCAAGUUGAUUCAGAUGCAUUACGAUGUGCAGCCUCAGCCUGGCAUGAUGAGCUGGCAUCACUGUGUAAACCCUUGCUUGUGGUCAACAUAGGAGGACCUAUUCGUCACUGCAGAUAUGGUGCUGACCUGGCCAAGCAAUUAACAGCGUCAUUGAUGAAUGUUAUAUCAACAUGUGGGAGUGUUAGGAUUUCGUUUUCCAGACGAACCCCCAAGCAGGUAUCUGAGAUCUUGGUAGGGGAAUUUCAUAACCAUCCUAAGGUUUAUAUUUGGGAUGGCCAAGAUCCGAAUCCACACAUGGGGCAUCUAGCAUGGGCCGAUGCUUUUGUGAUUACUGCUGAUUCAGUGAGCAUGUUAAGUGAGGCUUGCAGUACCGGAAAGCCUGUUUAUGUAAUUGGAGCUGAGAGGUGCACAUGGAAGUUUGCGUACUUUCAUAAAUGUCUACAAGAAAGAGGGAUGGUGCGACCUUUCACUGGCGAAGAGAAUAUAGCCAAAACAUGGACCUAUCCUCCCUUACAAGACACGAGGGAAGCAGCGGAGCAUGUGAUUCGAGCACUAGCCGAACGUGGCUGGAACUUGCAGCCUUAACGGGUCAGAACCAACGUCUUUCUUUUCUUUCUCCAGGCUCAAGUUCAAGGAUCUUUAAUCAGUUGACCUCAUUACUAAGGAUUGGGGAAGCAAGAUGAACAUAUUGAUGGUCAAACCUUUCUUUGACUGGGUUAAUGGACCAGCGGCUAAAGUUUCGUAUAUUGAUGAGAUUAUCUUGACCUGUUGAUAUUGGUUAUUAUGUUAGUGCAGGACAUUUGAGAAUUCAACAUAAAUUCUCUUUUACAUGUUGCGGCUUGUAUGGGCGUAUUCUCUCAACAACUAGGGAUUAUUUUUAUUAUAAUCAAAUUUUGUUAUGUGUAAAA